AUGGCUGAUAGUUCAGGUGUACAAGGAAGUGCUCCUUCAAAGACAAGCUGCAUGAGUAAAAUGUAUUCUCUUCCCUUUUUCUAUUCUCAAACUGUCUAUUCUGCACUACUUGAAUUUGUCUAUAUUGAUUUAUGGGGUCCAACACCUAUCAACUCUAGGUCUGGCUACAAAUACUACAUGAGCAUUAUUGAUGCUUUUACACGUUACACAUGCCUUUAUCUUCUUACUUCUAAAUUGCAAACCUUUCUUCGAGAGAAUGGUAUUGAUCACAGGUUACCAUGCCCCUAUACACACCAACAACAAAGUGUGGUGGAAAGGAAGCAUCGGCACAUCACUGAGAUGGGCCUCACACUUCUUGCUAUUGCCAAACUUCCACAAAUGUACUGGGAGGAUGCUUUCUUGACUGCUGCCUUUCUCAUUAAUAGGUUACCAACAAAGGUGUUCAAUAUCAAGCGUGGCCGUGAUAACUCCAUUAAGAAAUAUAAAGUGCGGCUUGUUGCAAAAGGUUGUCAUCAGGUUGAGAGUAUCAAUUACAAUCAGAUUUACAACCGUAUUAUCUGUCCAACUACCAUUCACAUCAUUCUUUCCAUUGCUAUCUCCAAAGGUUGGUGCUUGUGCCAAUUUGAUUUCAAUAAUGCUUUUCUUAACGGAGAGCUUACUGAAACUGUAUUCAUGCUUCCUCCACCAGGGCUCUACACAGACACUAACGACAUGACAAAUUCUUCUUCUACAAUCUAUUUAUUGACUUAUGUUGAUGAUAUUGUCAUCACCGAUGACAAUAAUCAUGAAAUCGAGAAUUCUGGUGAUCUUCAUAUCUCUCAGGCCAAAUAUAUCUGUGACUUAUUACACGAAGCCUCUAUGGACCACUCUAAUUCUGUUCCCUCUCUGAUGCUUCCAUCUUUUAAGCUCACUGAUCAUGGGACUAACCUUUUUCCAAAUCCUACUUUAUAUAGGUCUAUCGUCGGUGGCCUUCAAUAUGCUACCUUAGCUCAUCCUGAUAUUGCUUAUGUUGUGGAUGCAAAUUGGGCAACUGAUUUGGAUGAUAGAAGGUCCACCAAUGGGUAUUGUGUUUAUCCUAGUUCUAAUCCUAUCUUCUGGAGCAGCAAGAAGCUGCAAGCUGUUAGCUGGUCCUCUACGGAAGCUGAAUAUAGAAGCUUAGAAGAGGCAGUAGCAUAG